AUGUCGACCACCACCACCGCUCCUUUCGCGAUUCCCCUCGCCAAGCUACAAGUACAGCAUCUCAACAAGCGGCUUGUGGCAGGAAUCGCAAUAGUUGCUAAUCGGCAGCAGCAACCAGAAUUAAGGAAGCUCCUUCUCCUCCGACGUGCGCCUACGGAGGAUGUGUACCCCGAGAUGUACGAGCUUCCCGGUGGAGGGGCGGAAGCAGAGGAUGAGACGAUCCUGGCCACGGCAGCCAGAGAGACACGUGAGGAGACAGGUUUAGGCAUCAGCAACAUUCUCGGCGCUUUCGGUGGCUUCGAGUAUGCAACCCGCAAGAGCCAGGCAAUCCAGUUCAACUUUCUGGCCGAAGUCGAACACGGAUUGGAGGCUUCUGUGGUGCUGAAUCCUUCCGAACAUGAUACCUACGCUUGGGUGGGCGUUGCAGAUAACAUGAUCAUGAGCAAAUACCCGAUGCCGGAGAGCAUGUCCAAGGUUGUCGCUGAUGCCCUCAAUAUCCUGCGUAGCCCAGGGAUUGGAGACGACUGA